UGGAUCUGUACGGGAUAGUAUUUAUUGUGCCUCGGCUGUGUGGGGACUACAUCAGGCGUACCGUCGAGUGGAUGAUGAUCGGGGGAAAUCCUAUGAGCUCGGUCAAAGCAGUGUCUUCUGUAUGAGAGGAAUCUUAGCUUGUUGGAUGAGACAGUCUAAGAAGCUUGAAUCCUGGAAAUCCUCUCAGAAUCCAACUCAGUCUCUACAUUCUGUAUUCUGUUUAAAUACUGGUGAUGAAGUUCUAACAACUAGUGAAUACAGUCAUCUACAAUUAGACUGUGUAUCCCUUUAUCUCCUUUACCUGGUUCAGAUGAUAUCUUCAGGACUAGAAAUAAUCUACAGCACAGAGGAGGUUUCUAUGGUUCAGAACCUGGUUUAUUAUGUAGAGAGAGCUUACAGGACCCCUGACUAUGGUAUCUGGGGGCGAGGAACUAAAUAUAAUGAUGGGAGUCCGGAAGUAAAUGCUAGUUCUAUUGGUUUGACAAAAGCAGCUCUGGAGGCUGUUAAUGGGUUUAAUCUACUGGGGGAUAAACGAGGGAACCAUGCUGUUAUAUAUGCUGAUAUUGAUGCACAUAACAGAAACCGAAGUAUAUUUGAGACCCUGCUACCGCGUGAAUCCAACACUAAGAAUACUGAUGCUGCUCUCCUUGCUACCAUAUCCUAUCCUGGCUUUGCUACACAUGAUCCUAAUAUGUACAACAGAACUAAAAACAGGAUUGUGAGAGAGUUAGAAGGGGAAUAUGGAUUCAAGAGAUUUAUUGGGGACGGAUUCGGAUCAGAGGCUGAAGAGAAGGGAAGAAGAUUUUAUGAAACUGGUGAAACUCUAGAGUUUGAACACGUGGAGAAUGAAUGGCCCCUAUUCUACCUGUACAUGAUAAUUGAUGCUGUGUACAAGGAUCUUCCGGACCAGGAAGCUAAAUAUCAGGAUAAAUUGGAGAAGCUAUUAAUCUAUGAUGCUGCUGGCGACCCUGUGGUUCCAAGAAUGUUCAUUGUUCCCAAGAUGUGCAUCAAGAAUGAAAAGAUGUCCCCUAAGUCGCAGAACCGGAAAGCCAGCAAUAUUAAUCAGAUUGGACUCUCCACUGGUAUCUUUCUCUGGGCUCAGUCGUUGUAUAUAAUCUCCAGCUUGUUGACUAAGAAACUUCUUCAUCUCUGGGAUAUUGAUCCAAUCAGACGAUAUUUACCCUGCUUCAAUCGUCCGCGGCCGGAUUCCAGAUAUUCGUCUUUUCUAGGUUUAGCUAGUCGACGAGGAGGUAGUUCUCCGACUGAACUGGUGGUCCAGGUUGUUAUGAUUGCUGAAACAACAAGACUGCAGGCUAUGUUGGCAAAUUAUGGGAUCCAAACUCAGACUCCUACAGAAGUGGAACCCGUAGAAAUAUGGAACUCUGCUGAGCUGGUCAAGGUUUACAAGUCAAUGGGAGAAUGUGAAAAGUUGGGAUUGAACGGUAGACCCCCUAGACCUAUAGGCUCCCUGGGAACCAGUAAAAUCUACCGAAUCUGCGGUCGUACAGUUCUCUGUUAUCCAAUCAUAUUCUCUGGGUCUGACUUCUACCUCUCUCACGAUAUGGCGCUGUUAACCAACGAUAUCCGGUCCGAACUUCAGUUUAUCGGCCGGUUCUGGCGUCUUGGCGGUCGCCCGACCUUCUGCAUCCUCAUCUCCGAGAAUAACAUGAGGGAUCCACAGUUUAUCGUCAUGCUGGAGCUUCUAGCGGAGAUGAAGGAGGGGCAGUGCUCCGGGGUCAAGAUCCGACUUGGUCGCCUUCAAAACUUAAUCUCCUCGGCCUGUGUAGAGCAUAUUGAUCUUGUUCAUGGAGAUCCUAAAUUUCCUGCCAUGAAGCAUAUCAAGGAGAAUAAAAACUUGUAUGCUGGAUAUCAGAGCCUCACUGAUAUACCAAAAGUUGUUCAGAUCAACGAAGAAUAUCAUGAUUAUGCUAAGGAAUAUGAGAAUACACCAACCCAUGAGAUAUUAGAGGUUUUAAGAAAUCUGAAUCAUUUAUACGGACGGAUCCAACUUUGUGGUAUUAUUCUUGAAAGAGAGGAUUCUAACUUCCAGAUUGAAGAAGGAUUAUCAGUUUGGAAGAUGAUUGAAACCCUGAGCGUCGAAGCUGAACGUCUCCGCUACUGGGCAGCAUUAAGGUACUCUUCAAGUCUAUUGAAGCGCACGGUGAACUCGCUGUCCCCCUACGCCACCCAGAUUAUCGUGAAUGGGAAAUCCUUGACAGUUGGAACUAUUAAACUACCCCCUGUAUCCUUUCAUAAACCCAUGACACCAAAAGAGAUACAUGAUGCGCUCUUUAAGAGGGUUUUCCCGUACAGUAUUAUUGGUGCUGUACUUCAGCAAGAACUGAUUUUAAACUGUGGAAAGCUUAUUGCCACCAACCCUGAACUGUUUAAGGGUAUUCUUGUCAUCAGGAUCGGUUGGAUUUUGAAAACUCUAGAACUAUAUCUAAAGUUUACAGAUCCGAGCAGUCCUGGCUUUCUAGACAAUCUUCCUCCAUCUAAGAUUCAGCGGUUGCUGUUAGAGAUGAUGAGAGUAACAUCUGGUAAGGGUCCCAUUAUCCAUGAGCUAACAGAUUACCAGAUAAAACAGAUGAAUGGUUGUCUGCUCCGAGUACCAGAUAACUUCUAUCCAUCUAUCUGGCAGAUACUUACUAAAUGCGGCGGAGGAAUCAGGUUUGGAAGUGAGCUUCUGCCCCAACUACCAACUAUCCGACUCCAUGAGAGCCAUGAGCUGAGCUUCUAUCAUCUAGUUGAGUCCCACUUUACUCAGUACAGGAACUCCUGUCAGCGCUAUCUUGUUACAAGGAUUUUAACUAUCCUUGCUAUUGUGUUAAAACGGAACCCAGAGAUUAACUACAAAGCAGUAAUAUCAGUCGAAGAACUGAUGCAAGCAACCCUGGAGUUGUAUGAGAAGGAUGGAACAGAGAAGACGAGUUGCUGUGGUAUGGAAGGUCUUUAUAGGUUAAGCUGCAGAGCUGGGGACAGCUAUAUAGGGCGGGCUAUUGUGAACCGCCUACUCGGAGGAGAAAUAGAUCAGGAGGAUUCUAGCUGUAAAAUUCAGUGAGGAAGUAAAUUACAUGAAGUGUAUAUAUUGAGUAUUAAGUAUGUAAAGUACAUUUAUGUACACUGUAUGUACAUUGUUCAGAGUACAUUAUCUGUCGCGUACUGCUUGAAUUGUGUACACGAAAUUCAUUGAUUUGAUACUCACCAUUCACUCGUAGUUAAAAUUCUUCUUCUUUUGGAAUUAACUUGUUAAUGUUAAUGAAAGAAAUAUUUUAAUAUUUGUUUGUUUGGUAUAAAUUGUUGGUAAAUCCUCUAAAAUCCUCAAUCAGAAUCUCAGAGCUUAUUUACUCAAUAUUUUAUUGUUUGGCAUCUUAGCUAUUGCCAUAUCUGUAGAGUUUACUAGAAGUUAAAUAUAUAUA